AUGACAAACAUGGCAGAAAACAAAGAAAUCGUCCUCAUCACUGGUGGAAACACUGGCAUCGGCUUCGAGACUGUCAAAGCCCUCAUUCGCUCCUCAAAGACCUACCAUAUCAUCCUUGGCUCGCGUGAUCCUCGCAAGGGGGAGAGAGCCUUCGCUGAGCUCUGCAAUGAGUUUCCAAACGCUGGUCGUAGCAUCGACAUUGUCUCGAUUGACAUCGUCGAGGAUCAGGACAUCAAAAAUCUCUUUCAAUUUGUCAAGCACAAGUAUGGCAGGGUUGACAUUUUGAUCAACAACGCCGGCGCCAACUUCGAAUCAUUCCACGAAAAUGAUGGCGCAGACCCUCCCACCGCUCGUCUCCUCUUCAACAGAACCUACAACGUCAACGUAGCCAGCACCCAAGUCUUCACAGCCACAUUCAUCCCUCUCCUCCUGUCCUCCCCAUCCCCACGCAUCAUCUUCCUUACCUCGGGCCUCUCAACACUUCACGGGGCGCACGAUUCAUUCUUGUCGAAAGUCUCAGGGUCCAUCCCGAAAGGUUGGCCCAAGUCGGGGAUCCCGACGGCCGUAGCAUACCGCUCUGCUAAAACGGCCCUUAACAUGGUGAUGCUGUCUUGGUACCACUUGCUCAAGGACGAAGGGGUCAGAGUGUGGUCCGUCAGUCCGGGCUUUCUUGCGACGGGGCUGGGGGGAAACCCUGAGCUGCUGAAAAAUGCCGGCGCGGGGGAUCCGAAGACGGGAGGCGACCUUAUUCUAAAGGUUGUUGAGGGGGAGAAGGAUGCGGACGUGGGAAAGGUCGUUGGUCAGAAUGGAGUUCAGGAGUGGUAG